CAUUUUUUCUACACGUUGCGUUUUUCGGCGUCGAGGCGAAACCACGAGCAAAAACGAUGCUAUCGUUCGUGAAACCCGUACGACACGAUACGAUACUUGAUGUACCGUACGUACGGAACCGCGUCGUACAGUGUGUUGUAUCGUACGGUAUGUUUUUGUGUAUCGUGUUUCUCCGAUUCUUGCGAAACAUCGCAUACGCCGCGGUGCCGUAUCGAUUCCUUCCUUCCUACAUUCCUUCCUUCGCCGGAGGACGCACCGAGAAACAGACAGGCAAGCGCCCAAGCAAGCUACCGAUCAGCCAACCAACAAGCCGGGCCGCGAAGCAAGGAAGAAUGUGUGUGAUCGUUCCCGAACGAAUGCGCGGAUGCGGAAUCCGCAAGCCCCGCCCCGAUCGAAGGCGUGCGGACGGGGGGAGCCUCCCUUGCGGGGCAAGCGCAAGCCGCCUUGGUGGGAGCCCCUCGCCGGUCCCCCGGCCCCUCCGCUGGCUCCUCUUUGCGGUGGUCCUGGCCCUGGUGGGGGUGGCUCCCGCGGAGGGACAGCGGCAUCGCAGGGGAGGCCACCCCGGGAAGGUCCUGCGGCACGACGCCCCCCGGCCCGAUCCCCCGGGGACCGCCACCGACCUGACCGGCAGCGUGCUGGGCCGCCGCGACAAGAAGCGGCUCGAAAGGCGCAUCCGGGGGGGGAGGCCCUUGCCCUUUUCGUUGCAAUGGCCCCGGCCCUCAUCGCGGAAGCGCCGAUCGCUCGCCGACCUCGACCUGGAGGUCGUCGUCGCCUCGGGCGUGGAGCACGGGUACACCCCCCGGGAGAUGGCGGCCGACCUCCUCCACAAGGGCUGGGGGAUGGCGGACCAGACCGAAACCCACAGCGGCGGGAUGAUCGUCCUGGUGGCCAUUGAGGACCACCGGAUCGAGAUCGUCGUCGGCGACAGCCUGGCCCACGUCUUUGGGGCCGACUGGUGCCACUCGGUGCUCUACGGGAGGGGCGUCACCGAGGCCUUUCGGGCCGGCCGGUACGGCCCGGGCCUGGAGCGGCUGCUGGACGAGGUCAAGGACCGGUGGGGGGAGGCGGGCGCGGAAACAGCAACAGAAACGCACGCGGGACCGCACUCGGGCCGGAGACACCGGUCGCGGACCGGCACCGCCGUGGCGUACCUGGCGGCCCUCGCCGGUGGCUAUGCCGGCCUGUCCUUCUGGCAAAGGGGGUUCGGGGGCGGCGGCGGGGAUCCCCGCUACGGCCACGGCCACGGAGAAGGCCACCACGGGCACGAUCACGGACACGGACACGGACACCUGCCAACGGGAGACCCUCGCCACGCAAGACGCCGCGGGGGCCUUGCGCACGGGCCGGGAAGGGGCCUGGACAUGGGCAUGGGUAUGGGACUGCCCCUGCCCCUCCUCUCCGGCCUCGGCGGCGCCCUGCUGGGGGCCAAGCGGGGGGCUAGGCUCGCCGGUGUUGCCCGGAGGCACCGGCCAUUCGUAACGUUCGGCGAAAGGGAUUGCGGCGCACAGCGCAUCGAGGGGUCCCCGCCAUCCGCCGCCGCCGCAGGGGCGAACAUCAAACGCCCGUUCCGAUCGCCGCCGCUUUCCCCGCUCCGCUGGGAGGAACAGAGGCAGCGGCUGAGAGACGCCGCCGCUUUGCGGAGGGACCGCCCUGGGGGAUUCGGCGGGGGGGCCACCUGGUGGACCACGGGCCAAUACGACUCGUCCGUUCGAACGACGCGGUCCGGGUCCCCGUCCGGAUCGGUCGGGGGCGGGGGGGCCACCUGGUCGGUCCGCCCUCCCGGAACCGGCGGGAACGGGAACAAGGAGGAACCCUACCCGGGUGGGACCGGCAGCGGGAGUGCUGCCGGCGGUGGAGCGUCGUGGUAGCAAGCACAGUACAGAACAGCAAAAGCUAUCCAUCAGCCCCUGGUGGCAUCGAGCUCCUCCACAGAUCUGUACCGUACGAGUACCGGCUUUUCCCAUGAAACUGUGCAUCGUUGAACAAAACUACUGUACGACUAGUUUCUUUCCAAACUUUCGAAUAAAAAUAAAAACGGACU